AUGAUGCCAAAUAUUAAGCAGAGUGCUUUUACUAACAGAAAGCAAGCAAGCAAGUUGCCACCUGCAACAGAGGCAGCAGCAGAAACAGCAGCGCGGCGCCUACUACGACUACCGGCAUGCAUCUCGCGGCACAGCGAAUGGGACUCGGGCAGCCGCUCAAAGCGGGCACCUCAAAACUCCCAUCAUGCACUUGGGCCCGCCAAUUUCCCUAGAGCGCCCCGGCAGGUAAAGGAGGUCAACGAGCUCGCCAUUUCCGGCGCGCGGUGCAGGACGGGAAUGCGAGUAGCGCUAUUGGCCGGCGCUUGCCCCGCUUUUCGGCAAGCAGGAAGCGAUAGCGGCGGCUGAGGAGGCUCGGCGGGGCGGGAGGCUCCUCCGGGUGAGUGUUUCUCGGACCCUUCCGAUUUUCUCGAGGUCGGCGCUCGCCUCUGGCCGAGGCUGGCGUCGAGAAGGGAUCGAUUUAAUGCGCGAUUUGAUGACGUAAUAACGGCUCUGGAGACAGGGCCGCCGCCGGGGUUGCGCCGGUCUGUGCGCCGGCUGCCUUAUGGCGUCUUUCCGCCCGCGCCGGCCAGUGCGGGGACCUCCCGCUCCGUUCUCUUUUUUUCCCUUCAGGGAGGCCCUUUCGCUUCUCGUCGCCCCUCGACGGUUAGGCCUUCCGCUUAGCCCGCUUUAGCAGCUCAUUGGCCCGCUUCUCUACCUUCCAGUGCUGCGAUUGGCUGGCCAGCCGAUGAUUGACGUGCGUGCCCCCAGUGGACUCCAGUGCCGUGUGGCUCUCCUAAGGAGAGAUGCUUCUGAGCCUAUUUGAGGGGCACGUUCUGCUCCUGGGGUCUCCUGGCUUCUGAGCUAGGAAAGCAGCAGGGCUCUCAUUGCAGCUAAGAGGUGUUAUGGUUUCUUGCCGGAAAUAAGUGCUGCCUUUUCAUUUAAGAAACUCAAGGUAGCUGACAGCAGCAUCAAACCAUAAUUUAGUAGUGGUUAAGAUUCAAAAGAAGCUUUUUUUUAAAAAAAAAUGAACCUGGCCCUUGUCAAAAAGCAGUUUUGUCUUCAAGACAGGACUGAGAGCAGAGAAUAGAAGCUCUUCCAAAGCCUUCCCAUCGACCCCCUGAAUGGAGCUUGCAGAGUACAGUUUGAGAAACUUUGCAUUAGAGUCCAGUGGAUGUAGCAUGUGAUACUUAUUUGACAGAGAGAGAGAAAUAAACCAGUGGCACGUGGUUGCAAACCUCAGCACACACAUGACUACAGAGAUAAUCCAUGGUAAACAGCUGUGAAGUGCAGCACAGCCGUGACAUUUCGAUGCAAAAUCAAAUAUAGGCAAUGAUGCCUGAGACAGUUGGGUGCCCUGGGUGAUGAAAUACAGGGGAUCUGUAUUCUGAUUUUUUUAAACACAGCAAUCCUAAGAGGGCAGAAGACACAUCCAAAGUCCUGCCCUGUACUGUGGUCCCCUCUCCUAACUAUUAGUUUUCAUUUUCUGUUCCGUUGGUUCCUGGAGUUGGUGUACUUCUGUUUCCCCCGUUUACUAGCAGGGGGUGGUCCAAUGAAGGAGACUGCACCAAAUUCCCCCAACAUGCCCUUAUAUGCCCCAUACCUCCUUUGAGCUCAAAAUCUCUUGAGCACCAACAGCACUGGAAUACUAUUUUUACCUCAGAAUCUGCAAAUUGAUGUUUGUUAUCCUGGCUAUUACAAAUUUGAAAUAAUUAUUUCUCAUUUGGAUGAUCCCAGGACCUAGUCUGAAGGAAGGUAAUACAGUAACCUUGCUGAAGCAAUAGACCUGGGUUGAGUCCAUGCCUAGAUGGCACAGAACCUAGUAUACAUACGGCACUUUGAAUUCCAUGAUGGAGGAACAGGGGGAUAUAAACAAUGAACAUUCCUAAAUACUUCCUAGCUGUAUGGAAUUGAGCCAGAAAAGUGGCAAUUGUACCACCAUGUAUGUGGGUGUAUAGUUUAUCUAUAUGUAUGUACAUACUGUGUAUGUACUGUGUGUGCUUGUAGAGAAUCUAAUCCCAUUUUAGUUUUAACUUCCAGCAAUCCAUCGUUUUAGUGGAUUACGUACAGCUUGCAAUCCUAAAACCUGUUGCACUACUCUCUGGGCUCCUGUGGCCACACAAGCCCCAAAUGCAUAAUUUCUUUUCUUUCUAUGCCUCUGCUCUCUUGUCUGUAGCAUUGGAAAUAUAAAUGCAUGUUGCCCAUGAUUCUGAUGAAUGAAACAGUUAUAGGAGGUAAUGAAAACCUAGCCUGUUCAGUUUUUUUUAAAGAAAACCUUAAAAGUUAAGAAAUGCAGGUGCUUCAGGUUCCUAUGGCUGGAUACCAAAAUCUCCCUCCAUACAACAGUGCUUUUCUAUCCAAUAAUCCACAGCUUUUCUUACUGCCAUCACUUCCUUUCCCCUCUAUUGCCAGCGUUUCUCUUGAUUAUUCCCUAUCCAGAUUGCUGCCCUUGGCUUUCCUGGCCAUGCUGCUGUUGGCUUCCUUGGUUCUAUUGUGACUGGGGUUCUUCAUCUCCCCUUGUACCAUGGGUUUCAUAAUGUCGUUCAGCUAUCUAUGCACUGUGUAAUGAGUCUUGUAUUUGCUAUUGCUUCUCCAGAUGUCUUGUAUUUGCAAGAUGUCUUGUAUUUGCUAUAGCUUCUCCAGAUGUGGUAGGUGUAAUACUGUGUGCUUCUAACUUUACUCAUCAUUUUAUAGGACCUGCUUCUGAGUCUGGAUACCUAUUGCUGAUGAAUAUCCUUGCUUACUGUAACCAUUUAUGGCUAUGGACUGUGGAGUUCUCAUUACGACUGAUGAUCUUUCCUAGACAAAUCUAUUAGCCAUGGAAGCUGAAGAGACGAUGGAAUGCAUUCAGGAAUUUCCAGAACAUUACAAAGUAAUGUUGGACAGAUUGAAUGAACAGCGGGAGCAGGAUCAAUUCACAGACAUCACUUUGAUUGUGGAUGGUAUGUCGUGAUGCAAACUGGGUCUCUCACAAACAUAGCGUCCGUCCAUAAUUUGAAUUAAGGCAAGGCAUCUGGACUUAAGCCAGUUCAGUUUCAUUGAAGCUGAGUGACGGUCAACUGAAAUUCGGAUACCAUGGCUUGUUUAGUUUACAGCUUUAGCAACUUACAUAUACACCUGCCUAGGUUGCAGUCCCAUUCAACUCGGGACUUAAAAUUCCCAAUUGACUGGCAUAAGAUCAGGCUGCACAAAAAUUGUAGAAGGCAAAACAUUUUUCUGCUUGUUUUAUUAUAUGUAUUACCACCACCUUUCACAAUUUAAAAUGAUUUUUCUGAUAAUUGAAUCUAUUUUGCAGCAAACUGAAAUGCUGAAGUCUUCCCUAAAUCAUUUGAUAAAAUAGAUUUGUGCACUGUAUUAGUUUGUGAAGAAACCUGAUGCUGCAUUCUCUUCCCUCCCACCCAUCCAAAGUCCACAUCCAGUGGCGUAGCUAGCUGCUCGGGCACCCGGGGCGGCACAAAAGCCCUGCACACGGGGGUGGGGCAGAGCAUGCUGCGCAGAACCUCCAUGGAGUCCGCAAGCCCCACAUUGCUGUUUCGGGCAGCGUGGAACCUGCAGCUGCCUGAGCCACCACGUCACUCCCCAAGAGAGACAUGUGGCUCAGGCUCACUGCAGGCCAGGCUCCACAGUCACCCCCCUCAGUGAUGAUACCCAGAGCAGCCCGCACCCAGUGCACCCCCCUUCCUAAGCCACCGUCCACAUCCCAUCCUGAUGUGCUUUUUCAUAACAUUCACUACAGUCAUACCUCGGAUUGAAGUAGCUUCGGGUUGAGCAUUUUCGGGUUGCGCUCCGCGGCGACCCGGAAGUAAUGGGGCACGUUACUUCCAGGUUUCGCUGCUUGCGCAUGUGCAGACACUCAAAAUGACGUCACGUACGUGUGGAAGCAGCGACGUGCAGAUGCAGGUUGCAUUUGCUUCAGGAUGCAAACGGGGCUCCGGAACGGAUCCCGUUCGCAUCCAGAGGUACUACUGUAUGUGCAAUCAUCAUUUUGCACGGGAGUUACGUUCUGGGGCCCCACGCAUUUAGCUGGGCCCACGUAAACUGUUGCACCCUGCCCCCAUUCCAAACUUUUAGGGUCACUUCUAGGUUCAGCACUGUGCGCGCCUGCACGAUCGCACAUCAGUCAGACGUGCAUAAAACAGUUGUUGCCUGUAUUGUUAAAUCACCAUGUCCAAAUGAGACCUCCACUAAAGAGGUCUAAAUACCUAGUGUGUUUAGAUCUACUGUUUGACGUGAAAUUUGGAGACACAUACUCUGUGGGAAGACUUGGCACUGCAGUGUUCUUGGUCGUGUUAAUAUAGAAGGCUGUAUAUUAAAAUGUUUUUCCUCUCCACUACGACCAUCUAACAUAUAUUUAUAUCCAGUUCUUUCUCUCCUUCUAGGUCACCAUUUUAAAGCCCAUAAAGCUGUUCUUGCUGCCUGUAGCCAGUUUUUCUACAAAUUCUUCCAAGACUUCACUCAGGAACCUCUGGUAGAGAUAGAAGGUAACUUGCUGAUUCUGUUAGAUCCAGAACUCUUGCGUGAAAAGAACUAGCAAAACAAAAACCCUGCUAUGUCUCUUUCACUUGUCUUCCCAUUCUCAUAGGCAUACUUUCAGUUUAGGACUAAGAGAUAUUUUCCUGGGAAGUGUUUCAUUCUAGUCAUAUCCCACCAGUUCUUAGGUCUAGAACAUAUAACAAAGUGGAAUGGGGUUAAUACAUGUACACAUUACAUCCAAUUAUUAAAUGCUGAGAGCAGACAGCAGGAAGUGGCCAUAAAACAUAGCCCGGCUAGUUAUUGAUGUAGGCAGAAUGAAUUGAACGGAGUUGAAAAUGAUCCUUCAAUGCUUUUAAUGCUGUGAACCACCCUGAGAUCUUUGGAUGAAGGGCAGUAAACAAAUAUAAUAAUAAUAAUAAUAAUAAUAAUAAUAAUAAUAAUAAUAAUGAGGCAGUUGUUUAGGUAUUUACUAGCAAAGCCUCUGUGCAAACUUUUUGUUUCAUUUUGUUCUUUGCUAUCAUUAGGUGUAAGUAACAUGGCAUUUCGUCACUUAAUUGAGUUCACGUACACCGCCAAGCUGAUGGUCCAAGGGGAAGAGGAAGCAAGUGAUGUCUGGAAAGCAGCGGAGUAUCUUCAGAUGCUGGAAGCCAUUAAAGCACUCGAAAUCAGGUGAGUGUGGUUUCUCAGAGGACUGUGCCUUGGGAAGGCAUGUUAGAACUAUCUUCACCCAUCUUCAAUGCACUGGCCAGGUUCUCUUCUUGUUGGCUUUCCAUGAUCAUGACUACUGCAUCAUCCUGUGGUCUUCAUGAUAAAUAACUGGGGCCGCCCUUGGGUCUGUUCUGGAAGCUUCAGCCACUGCAGAAUGCUACAGCCAGACUCAUGAUAGAAACUGCUGCAAACAAAUGACGCUGCUGUUAAAAGACCUGGUUCAAGAUUCUUUUACUAGUGUACAAAAUGCUGAACAACUUAGGCCCAGGAUGCUUUAAGUACCACUUUACCCCCUAUGUCCUAGGGCACAGAAUCAUGCUCUCCUUCCCUUUAGGAGCAUAAAUGCCUGCCACUAGGUCUAACUUACAUCUUCAGCAACAGUGAACUGUAUUUGGAAUAGCCAGUUUUCUCAUUUAAAGCUGGCUACGGAUUCUGAGUUAAAAUGAGAAGCCUGGUUAGCCUUAAGUGCAACAGAACUGCCCUUUUGAUGUUAUGCACUGUGUUGUGUAUAAUUUUUCUAGGAACAAAGAAAAUUCAUUGCCGCCCGAAUCGGAUCAGGCAGAAGAUAAGAGUAUAGCCAAAAAGAGGAAGAUAGCAGAGACCUCCAAUGUUAUUACUGAAACACUGCCCUGCGCAGAAUCUGAGCCUGUUGAAAUUGAGGUGGAGAUUACAGAAGGGGCUAUCGACAUGGAAGAAAAUAACGUUGAAGCACUUGAGGAGGUCGCUUCUGCUGAACAGUCGAUAAAGUACAUACAAACCACGGGUACAUCAGAUGAGUCUGCUUUGGCUCUCCUGGCAGAUAUUACCAGCAAGUUCCGCCAUGGGGAGAGGAAAAGUGAAAUUCAGGAAGAGUGUGACGACGGAUCUGAUCCAACGGGCAAGCAGGUGGAAGGCAUUGAGAUAAUGGAACUUCAGUUGUCGCACGUCAACAACCUUUUCCACUGUGAAAAGUGCAACCGUACAUUUAAGUUGUUUUACCACUUUAAGGAGCACAUGAAAACGCACUCCACAGAAACUUACAAGUGUGACCUAUGCAACAAAAGGUACCUGCGUGAGAGUGCAUUGAAGCAGCACCUUACCUGUUACCACCUUGAUGAAGGUGGUGCUAACAAGAAGCAGAGACCUGGCAAAAAAAUACACGUCUGUCAGUACUGCGAUAAGCAAUUUGACCACUUUGGACAUUUCAAAGAGCACCUUCGGAAGCACACAGGUAACUGCAGUUCCCUUCCCCUUCCAGUUGCAGACAAUUCACACCACUUCCUGUGGUUCUCGCCUCCCCACAAUGAUUCUCACUGUAACAUUUUGUACAGCCUUCAUUGGUAGUGGAAUAAGAAUGGUGUAAAUGUUGAUUAAAGCCUUUAUAAAUGGAAGGUAAUCUAGGAACCAUUUAAGGCUGGCUUGCAUAACUUGCCACCCACCCAAAUGCCAGUUGAUUCUAUUAUUAUUAUUAUUAUUAUUAUUAUUUAAAGCUCUUUGUAGAGGAAACCCUGUCUCUGUUCCAAGACCUCUGGCAAGCACAGAGAACUUUAGGCUGAGGUUUGCCUUGCUUGCACAGAGAUCUGGAUAAGGAUAAAAAUAGCCUUUUUUUACUCAAACUGCUGGAUGUAUCAGGGACUGCUCCGAGGCCUUAGAGGACACUAUUAGUUGCUUAGGUGUGCUUUUUGAUCCUGGGAUUUUAGAAUGUUUCUCCCAAUUAAAAAGCAGCAAGAUAGCAUCCUAAGUUUUGUUGUGUGCCUGUGGUUGUUAGAGGAUGGGAAUCAAUCAUCUCUUGCAUAUUGCUGCUUCAUCAAACUGACACUGUCUCUUGGAAAGGCCUCCCUGUCCCACAACCAAUUUCAGUAGGUACAGUACACAUUGGCAAAUACAAAGUGAAAAUGGUGGAAGGGAAAUGUGCUUUUUUGUGUCUUCAGUGUUGGAUCAGAAGUACUGGGGAUGUGGCUUUUUCAACCCAUUGUCAAAUUUAUUUGUUUAUUGGUCAGUCGUACAGUUUUGCAGAAUAAUGUUCUACUUUGAUAGAAAAUAUACUGCAUAAUGACACCAGACUUGGUCUCUAUGGAUUUGAGAACACAUAAUGGACAUUGAUCUGAAAAACUCUGGCCCUGUCAAAUUUGAGCCGCCUCCCCCAGGCCUAUAUCUGGCUUAGUUACUAGUUUGUGUUUAGCCAUCCUCAACUUGGUGCCCCCUCCAGAGAGUUUUGGACUACAGCUUCCAUUAUCCUUGACUAAUAGACAUGUUGGUUGAGGCUGAUGGGAGUUUGUAAUCCAAAGCCUCUGGAGGGCUCUAGGUUGGAGAAGGCUGACUCAGUUCUAAUUUUUAAUUGAAAUGCCCCUUUAUAGGACUGUGCGUAUCCACAAAUUCAUCACACAAGCAUAGUAAAGGUAAAGGGACCCCUGACCAUUAGGUCCAGUCGUGACCGACUCUGGGGUUGCUCAUCUCUCUUUAUUGGCUGAGGGAGCCGGCGUACAGCUUCCGGGUCAUGUGGCCAGCAUGACUAAGCCGCUUCUGGCGAACCAGAGCAGCGCAUGGAAACACCGUUUACCUUCCCGCCGGAGCGUUACCUAUUUAUCUACUUGCACUUUGACGUGCUUUCAAACAGCUAGGUUGGCAGGAGUCACACAAGCAUAGCAUUUGUUAAAGAAGGGGAAACUAGUUGGAUAGCCUUGGAUUGUGCGGAGAAGGGAGAAUUUGUUGUGACAGAAGAGAUGGAGAAGGAUGAACGGGUGGAUAUUUUGAGUGUACUGAAUUGGGAAGAAGAGUUAGGAGGAUAAUGUGGGUUUUCCUUUGGCUUUAAUGCUAGUUAGUGAGUUAGAAGUGCUUUGUGAAGUGCUUCUUAAAUGCAUUUUACAGAUGGAGAAUCUCAGUCUGCACUUGAAAAGAUUACCUAUAUAGUGUUAAAGUUGCAUGAGCAACCGAUCGGAGAGGAACAGGAGUGCAAUAAAACCAAUUGCCCAGGCCUUGCCAAUGCUCCUAGCCCUAGAUGUAUCGCCACCCAGUUAUGCUUUAUAACGUGAGCAGAGCUUGCUGACAUAAAUUAAUGUGGUUGUGCCUGUAGAACUCAACCCCCCACCUUUGACAGCAAUGCUCUGCACAGCAGGGCUUUCACUGGCAUACGAAACACCACCUGUGUUUGUAAAACAGCUCCAUCCAUGUUGCGUGUUGCUCUUGCAUCCCAGUGCGCAGAGCCACAAUUGGGAAAAAUACGGAAGCUUAGGUGGUAGGCUGUUCAAAACAGUACAGGCAGCCCCCAUUUACGUGAGAGUUACAUUCCAAGGCACUGUGCACAUCAGUGAAAUUGUGUGCAUUUGAAACACCACUGGAAAAGCCUGCAAACAGCCCAUCCUGUUCCGCCCCUUUUUGUGACGCUUUUGGGUCACUUCUGGGUUUGGUGUGAUAUGCAGGCCCGUGGUCACAAACAUAUUGAAUGUGUGUAAAUGGGGGGGUGCCUGUAAUUCAAUUAGCAGUGUCCUUAUUGCUGGGAAUGGCUGGAUUAUGUAUUCAAGAAACCUUUUGAUUUGCAGAUCUUCAGUGCCUGCAUAGGUUUCUCUCUAUACCACGAAAACAUAAACUUUGCUUCCUCCAUAAAAAUGAUAGCUGAGAUCAAUCUGAAGUUAACAAUCUUCUUUACCAACAGUCAGACGUUGUGCAAUGCUCUGCUUACUGCGUUAAGGAAAGUAUGCUUUGCCCCUAAGAAAGUUACAUAAAUAGCUUUAACCUAUCUGUUAUUUUUGUGUAUCAAGGUCUACAAUGUGCAUUGACUGCACUGUGCAUUAUAUUUCAUUUGGUGUCUAACCUUAGACUAGGUACUAGUGUGAGUUGUUUCUCCACAGCAUUGCUGAAUGGUUUAGGAGAUAAUGCAAUAGAUGAAUGGGAAACCCUUCACAAUUUGCAAGAUGUAAGUUAUAAAUCCUUCUCAGUGUCACUUAGAAAGGGAAAGCUUCUAUAUCCAGGAAUGUUGAGCCCUCCAAUGGCUCCAGUGGGAGACAAGCAUGCUGUGCACACAAUAAAAAAUUUAAAUGAUGCAUAACUAAUCCAUGACUAUCAGGGCAGAAUUGCAUGUCAUGAAGCAGCACACAGUUAUCAAAUAGUGAUUUCCCUAUAAGGUGAAUAGUGUGAAUGGGCAAAUUAUGCAGUAGAGAAUUGCCAAAUGCAGAUGUGCACUGAAUGAGCCUAUUCCUCACGUGUGCCAGUUCUCUGCUGCAGAUGCCUCUCUGGUGGGCUCUGAAGCUUGACAUAAACCUGACUGUGGGGGGAAUGGCCUGGGGUGUGUGUCUGUGUCAGCAUUUGCAAGGGAGGAUUGGAGACAUUCAACACCCCUCUCCCAAACGCCACACUUGUAUUACUUUCACAAACAGUAUUUGGGGGAACCGCUUGUCAAGGUAGCAUCUAGUUCCACCCUCAGGUUAUAACCUUACCUGCUUUCCACCCUCAGGUUAUAUAACCUUACCUGUGAAUGAGCCACAUUUGGCACGGCGGUGCUUGUUUCCUGUGCCAUCUUAUUUGCUGUGCUCUUAAGGGUGGGCUAUAAAAGGGAAUAGAUGAAUCUAUGAGGGGGUAGGUAUGUUCUUGGCUAAUAGCCGUAGCAGAUCAUCCAUUUUCAGAGAUGGACGGAUAAUCGGGGAUGUUGCUCCAUUUAUGAACACAGCAACCUAGAUGGCUAAUAUCACAAGAUAGAAAGAUGACCCUGCUUAAUAAUUUAGUAUCACUAAUCUAACCCUAUUUAGUAGUCCCUAAACUAUUUUUGUACUUCUACACCUCUUGGGUAGCUGACGUUCGGGAAUGGGAAACUGGCAAAAUCCCACCUAAUUACGGGGUUGGGGAGGUGAGUUUGUAACAGUGAAAAAGCUGAACCUGAGGCAACCUGAUUUUCAUUUUUUGGUCAUGCCUUGAUAUUUGCCUUGAUAGGUGAAAAACCAUUUGAGUGUCCAAACUGCCGCGAACGUUUUGCUCGAAACAGCACACUCAAAUGCCACCUGACAGCAUGCCAGUCCAGCGCUGGUGCUAAAAAGGGACGGAAGAAACUUUAUGAAUGUCAGGUAUGUAAUUUUGCCCAUCGUGAUUCUGGUCUAGCGAAUUUGACCAUGUAGACAGCCUGUGUUGUUGACAAGGUGACCGGGGCGGGGUUGUGAGAGCUGAUCUCUCGUUUGGCUUUGCUGCAGAACACUUAGGACUGGGUUGUUGCAGCAACAUGUGGUGCUAAACUACACAGGACGCUGUAGUAAUAGUUAGAAGCCUGGAGCCCUUAAAGUAUCAGAAGAGAAGAGAGAUGUGUGAAAGCCAUUCUCCCUGUCUUCAGAGUUUAUCUUAAAGUUGUUUGUGUAAAGCCCGUGCUGAUAGCUGAAUUGGUUUUAAUUGAAAUAGCAUUGCUUCUUCUCAGUGCUUUAAUAUAAUAGUUUGCUGUUUCUCCAAAAUUUAAUGCUGGGGUGUGAGUGAAGAUCCACUUGGACUAAUUGGAAUGGGGAUGUUUUUGGACCUAGUAUCUGCUUGUUUUUAUACCAUAUCUAGAAUUUGGUAGAUAGUAAGAAAUUAUUCUUAGCUGCUGUAGCUUUAUUAAGUUCUAUCUCCCCACAGUAUUUUAGGCAAUGAUGAUUUAUGGAGUGAUGACGUUAGUAACGUCUCUUCAAAUUGUGAGAUUAAAGUUGGAUUCUAAUAUACAGUCCACCAGAGAAUCUUUACAGCUUAUUGUAUAGUAUACUUUCAAAUUUGGUAUGAAAAAUCCCUCUUGUUUUCUCAUUGUAGAAUUGUAUAUUUGCUUUAAUUCUUGGAGGUUUUUUUUUAUUACAACAAAUAAAUUUCAGUAGAAUAUCUUGCGAUUUUGCUGAUUUAGCUGGGCGAGUUUGAAAUGGGAAAUUGAUUUUUGGUAACACUGCUAUUUUCAAAGUGGAGAUUGUUCCAGAAAAGACGAAGUUUAAUUUUCCCCACUGAUACUUUGUCUUUAGCACUAUGUUCAUUUUUGUUGUUGUUGUUAAAGAUGGGCACAGAAGCAGUCCCCUCCCCCCUUAUUUUAUUGCUAUUGCAGAAGACUAAUCAACGUUAUUCUCCUGGCUUUCCCUCACUUGCUUUGCAAGAGAUCCUCCUUCCUCUCCUUCUGGCAUGUGCUCCAGUGACAGCACCCUUAGGGGAUGGCUGUUAGGUUAGGAUGUAAGACUUUUGUGUAGCACACCUGCAAGAUUCUUGCAUAAAGCUUGUCUGGUCAUGAUUAAAAAUAUGUUGUUACUCUGCAGUUCACCACUUUACUACUCACUGAGCAUGGGGAGCACCCACCGUCCUCCCUGGGUGGGCUCAGACCACAGGCAGAUUGCACCACAGAGAUGGAAUGUUUUUAAGCAUUGAUCUCUAUAGUAAACGCUAUAUAAACAAUUUUCCAAGUUGAGUUUAUAUUUAUUUUCCUUAAAAUAUUUAUAUACUAGGUUUUGUUUCAGAGUGAUUUGCAACUUUAAAAAGCAAAUAUUAAAGAUACAAGCACAGGGAGCUGGCAAUGUAUUAAAUGCCUUGAAUACUGGGAGAAAGGGCUUUGUCUGGUACAGCACCUGAAAGAAACAGUUGGAACCAGGCAAAACCUUCUUGGGGAGGGAAUGCCACGGAGGAAGGCCAAAAAACAAACCUUUGAGUGAAUGGCUGUCAGACUAAAAGAAGCUGAGUUGCUUAGUGAUAGCGCAUUUGAAGAUGGACAGAAGAACCUAUUAAACAGCCUUGCAAAAAGCCCACAAAAGUUACAAGCAUGCAAUAUUUUUGCUAGCCUGCUGGGAGCUAUCCCAGAACGGAUGAGAGUCCCAUCCCUCCUGCAGUAACUUGCUGCAUUUCUGUGAUGGGCGUGGAAAAGAAGGCUUCCCUUCUAGGACAGCCCACUUGGAUUCUAUGCUGGCCAUAGAGGAGGGAUUCAGUUUUUCUCUCCUCUGCUUGUCCAUCCAGUCGCCUGCUUCCAGUUCCUUGUUACCUAUAGCUGCCAGGCAAGUGCUUCACUGCAAGGUGCAUCACUAUAACAUUUUUUAGAAGAGAGAAGUAUAAUGAUUUUACUAAAGAUAAAAAUGUUUAAGGUGCUAAAUAAGUCUUAUUGCAAUAGCUUUCCAAAAGACUAGAUGCACAUGCAUGCAGUCAUUGGUUGUGUCAUUCUAUGGAGGUAAUCCUGUGUAAAGAUCCGCUGUGCAGUUCCGCAUAAUGCCUUUGGAGGUUCCCUUAACUAUUAUUUAGUUACUUAGCAGGUUGCUUGUAACUGUGAACUGAUUUAUAGUUAGCCCAAUUGGCUGACGCAGGGAAACGUUAGGUCCUAAGCAGUGGAAUUGUUUUGUUGCCACCCGGGGUUUUAAAGAAAUAAACUGAAUUGAAUAGAAUGGUCCGAAGACAUACAAUGAACUUUGGUUAGCAUUCCUACAGCUGUUGUGUUUUGUUCUUUCAGGUCUGCAACAGUAUAUUUAACAGCUGGGAUCAAUUCAAGGAUCACUUGGUAAUACACACAGGUGACAAGCCCAACCACUGUACCUUAUGUGACGUGUGGUUUAUGCAAGGCAGUGAACUGCGGAGGCACCUGCAAGAAAUGCAUAACAUCACAGAACGGCUUGUGACCGAGGACAUUCUUCCAGUGGACAGCGACCCAGUGGCUUCCAUGACUAUCAUAGAGCAAGUGGAACAAGUCCAUGUCCUUCCCGUAAUCCAGGUCCAGGUGGAUCCAGCACAAGUGACUGUAGAGCAGGUGCAUCCGGAUUUGAUACAGAAUAAUCAAGUGAAAGGUGAACAAAUAGCGGAGCUACAAGAGCAGGUGGAGAUAAGCUACUUGGAAGUGGAGCACAUUCAGACUGAGCAGAGUGCUGAAGUGCACAUGGAGGAGCUAGACGUGGAGCAUGUGAACCAGUUACAAAUGGAAGAGGUUCAGGCGCAGCUUAUAGAGGAAACUGAUAUAGAGCAAGUAGAAUCGGGACAUGUGGAUCAAGGAGAGCUGGAAGCAAACCCGCCUGUUCAGGCAGAGGAGGUGGAAGCACACACAGCAGAUCAUGAAGAAUCUGAUGAUUUAAAAACUCAGCCAAUAGUGGAUAUGCAAGAGGAAAAGGUGGAGACCUAG